AAAAAAAGAAAAAAAUCAUACAAUUUACCUUUCAUAGGUUGCUUCAGGAGAUUGAUGAUCAUGUAACUGCACCUCGAUUGGUAGUUAUGCUGGAUCAGAUGAAGAGAUGGGGGGAUAACAGCUGA